AUGUGUAAAUACAAGGAAGGGAAUCUAGCUUUAAGUCAAUUACCCUCAAGGGAAAAGUAUAGUGAAUUAAAGGAAAAAUCCGAAAAUGGUGGAGAUACAGAGUGCAAAAGUGGAGUGAAGGCUAAAUUAGGAACGCAUAUUACAAAUAAUGGUACUACUGUAAAUAAAAUUAUGGGGGCAUUUUGCCAUAUAAAUGAAGUGGAAGAAAAGAAACGUAACAGUGAAGAGUGGUGCGAUUACCUCUAUUUUUGGGUGGGUAAAAUGUUAUCGAGAAAUAUGGAGGACACAAAAUUCAAGACAACUAUGGAGAAAUGUAGGAAUGAUGUGUUCGACGGUCAGAAGGAAAGUAAGUGUGAAUUCCCUUACACUCCGACAAAAAAAGAAGUAUUUGCAGCUUACAGAAGAAUGUUCGAUUAUCAGAAGGACAAAGAUUUUAUAAGACCGGAGUUGAGGGGUAAGGGGGUAACGUGUCCUACAAAAUAUAGCACAUAUUUAAGAAAAGUACGGUAUGCUUAUAAAGUUAUGAGUGCGGAGUGUAAGCAGGAAGGAAAUAGUACUUUUGAAUGGUGUAAGAAGUUUGAAGGGUGGUAUCCCCAAUAUAAGAGUAGGAACAAGUUAGACUUAAAGUGUAAACUGGAAAAAAUGGCAAAGCAUAAACCAGAGGAGGAGUUAUCACCUCAAGUGGAACCAUCCUCUUCAAGUGGUUCAGACCCUAUAGAAACCACCAACACCAAAAUGACCCCUGCUAUAUCUGGUGCAGCCGCCACCAUUGCAGGACUUGGCACUGUUGCAUUCUUUCUAUAUAAGGUAACUACACAACUAUAA